AUGAGAGUCCACCCGCGGGAACAGUUUGCAGUGUUCCGAGAUCUCAGUGGGCAAUCUUAUGUGCUAGAUGCCUACUGCCCACAUCUUGGUGCCAACCUGUCUGUUGGUGGUCGUGUGGUGGGCAGCUGCAUUGAGUGCCCCUUCCAUGGCUGGCAAUUCAGUGGCAAAGAUGGCAAGUGUACCAGAAUCCCCUAUGCUAAGAAAGUGCCUGAAUUUGCCUCGGUCAAGGUUUGGCCAUCAUGUGAGGCUGGUGGCAUGAUCCUUGUCUGGUACCACUGUGACGGUGUCAGCCCAACAUGGCAAGUCCCAGAGCAGGAGGAGGUGGCUUCUGGAGCGUGGGUCUUUCGUGGCAUCACUGAGCAUUUUGUCAAUGCACACAUUGAGGAAAUUCCUGAGAAUGCUGCAGACAUCGCUCACCUGUCUUUUCUCCAUGGGCCCUGCAUUAUGAAUGGGGUAGACCUGCGACACACAAAAUCGAAAUUCUGGAAGUUCAUCAAGCAUAAUUGGAAGGCAGACUGGCAGCCGGAUCCAGAGCCAGACACACACUGUUCCUGCAUGACUGUGAAACACUACAUAACCAUUUUUGGCAAGCACUUGCCCAUCAUGGAUGUGACUGUUUUAGCCAAGCAGUUUGGGGCUGGCUUGGUUUUCCUGUUCUUUAACCAUCCUUUCCUGGGCGAUGGGAUCAUGAUUCACAGCGUAACACCUGUGGAACCACUUCUGCAGCAUGUGAUCCAUCGGAUGUACUACCAGAGAAGCAUACCUGGCUUUAUCCCCAAGUUCAUGCUGUGGGCAGAAAGUGUCCAGUUUGAGAGGGACAUCAUGAUCUGGAAUAACAAGCAGUACCUCUCAAAGCCACUGCUGGUGAAGGAGGACUCUGCCAUCCAAAGGCACCGGCGCUGGUACUCCCAGUUCUACAGUGCACACAGUGUGACGUUCACAGGUCAGAAGAAUGGGCUAGACUGGUGACUGCCACAGCGGCUUGCCUUGCAAUGCUAUCGGAACCCUUUUUCCUUCAGCCAGAGUCAGGCUGUGUGAAAAGGUGCCAUGGACUCCCUCAGCCUUGUGGCGGGGUGGGGGGAGUUAAGAAAUGCUAUACGGAGUGUUGUUUGCACCUCAGAGAGACUUUCUGCUUGCUGUUUGGAUGGAAUAGAGACUUUGCUUUCCAAAGCGGACACAUGGAGCAGGCACAUCCCUACUUCUCACCCUUGGGAGAUCAUAUGAAAAUGAAAAAGGGCCUUUUGCAUUGUUCUGCUGAAGAUGCUUUUCCCCCAGUUCCAUUCCCAUGGCCACCUGCAUUAGGGGGCUAUGAAGCCCCACCAUUAUGGCAGCUCUACCAGAACCCUUCCAGAGGAAGCAGCCUAGUCUCCCAACCUGUCACUCCUUGGCUUGUGAAAACCUUUCGUCUCCCUGUUCCCUCCUACAAAUUUGGGUUUCAUGACCUAGACCUGGUGGACCCAAGUGGUGAGGCACAGGGACAUAUCAGCCUCAUGCCGAGAGGAAGAAGGGAGGGCAAGCGGGCAGUGUGACUCUGUAUCAGACGAGGGAGCCCCUGCUUCGAUGCCUCGCAGGCCCUUGCCCUGCAGCUGUGAAGAGCGGGGCAUUAGGAACUGUGCAUCUGUAGCUAAGACACUGAACACAAGCUGCCUUUCUGCUGUCGGCUUCCUCUUAAGUUCCGGUGGGCCAAGUGGGUUUUUACUUGUGUGUAUGCCCUCCUGAAAUUGCUGUCUUUACUUGCAAAUGGUAUGCAUGAUUUCCCAGCUGUGUACUUACACUCUAGGGCAGGGGUGUCGAACUAAUUUGUUAUGAGGGCCGGAUCUGACAUAAAU